AUUCAGCUAAGUGAUUAUUGGAGAGAGAGAGGUGAAGGGAGUUGAGAGGUAGAGAGGAACCCACCUCAAGUUGGCUUUCUAGGAAACAUGUUGAGGAAGGGUUUUUAGGGAGAGAGAGUUUGGAGAAAAAGAUAAAGAGAAAGAAGUUAAGAAGCUGAGAAAGAGAAAGAGAAAGAGAGAGAGAGAGAGAGAAAGAGGAGGAGCAGAAGGAAAAGAGGAGGAAGAAGAAGAUAUAGAAGAAGAAAAAGAAGGGAGAUGGAUCUAUGAUUAUGAUGAGAGAGAAAGGUCACUGGGCACAAUAGCAACAGCAGAAAAUACACACAGGAAAGGUCGUUAUUGCAUUUCUCUCUCUGUCUCUGUCUCUCUGUCUCUCUCUCUCUCACACACACAGAAGAGUGUGAAGAGUGAAGAUACAUAGCAUUAACUAGCUGCUGCUUUGGUCUUGUUUUUCUCUGUUGCCUGUGGACUCAGUCUGGGCUUUGAGGGUCGGCCCCCACCCGUAAGUAGAAGGGCCAGAAGCAGAUAAGCGGAUAAGCAGAAGCAGAAGCUCUCUCUCUCUUUCUCUCAAUCUGUUUGUGUUUCUGAUCAGAAAAAACCAACUUUUUUCCUCAUAAAAGCCAAACUAGUGACAGUAGAAGCAGUAGCUGCAGCACAACAGCAGCAGUAGGCACUAUUCUACCAUAUAUAUAUAUAUACAGCAAGCAAGCCAGAAAGCCUCCCAAGUUCCCAACAAACUUCUCUCUCUGUCUCUUUCUCUUUCUAAAUGAACCUAGCUUUAUUCUUACAUCGAUCUAACAACCAAAUUCUGAUAGAAUUUCAGAGACCUACAACACAUAACACCCACACAUAGAUAUUAGCUACCCAUCCUUCCAUACAUUGACUUGUUCGCUCUCCUUCUCCCAAUCUCACACAAGAAGAAGAAGAAGAAGAAAUUAAUAUAUAUACAAUUGAGAAAACAAGGGGGGGCUAAUUAAGAUUGUGAGCAAUUGGGUUUGUAAUAAACAUUGAGAAAGAGGUUGAGCUUCAGUUGUGGCUACUACAAGGAGGCUGCCUUCAGAUUCUGGUGCUUUUGCAGAUUGGGUGGGCUCAUCUUCCUCCACCAACUCCGCAGCCACCGGACGCCCCUCCCACCACCACCACCCCGACCUCGACGUUCUCUCCCUCGGCUUCAAUGCUGGGCCCACCCCCGCUGGACCCUCCUCCGCUUCCCCCAGCACCAUGUGGCCCUCCUCCGGCCCUCCCAGCAGGCCCCUCUCCUACAGCCACCUCCCUCCCGAGAUGGCCGGCAUGGUCGGCCUCCGAGACGUCUUCGUCGUGGCCCCUGCCGCCGCCUACCACCACAACAACCAUCACCACCUCCACCACCACCACCACGAUCCCAAUCUCCUCUCCCCCUCCUCCGACCCUCACCAUAACAUCAACGCCUCCACCAACCCCGCCACCGCUCUCGGUGUCGGGGUUGGCGUCCCCGUCAUCCCUCUCCUCACCGCCACCCCUUGUCUUGCCCCGCCAAAUAUCUCAAAUGUCGACGAUGACGAAGAUAACAAUGCCCACACUCCUACAGGUAUGAGCAUGGGCAUGGGCAUGGGCAUGGGCAUGGGCAUGGGUAUGGGUAUGGGAAUGGGUAUGAUGAGCAGCGGCCAGCAUCGAAACAACCGAAGCGCGGGAGGAGGAGGAGGAGGAGGAAUUCAGCUGUGGCAGCAGACCCAGCCCCACUUCUUCAAGAAAACUCCACAUGAUCUGGCUGCUACGAGUCUCGGCGGGACCCACUUGGUUCAAGGUGGUGGCGGCGGAGGAGUAGGGAACAACGUUAUGAAUUCCAGCUCUGCCGCUGCCUCCGGGGCGUCAACAAUGACGUGUCAAGAUUGCGGGAACCAGGCGAAGAAGGACUGCACGCACAGGCGGUGCAGGACGUGCUGCAAAAGCCGGGGCUUCGACUGUGCCACUCACGUGAAGAGCACGUGGGUACCGGCAGCUCGGCGGAGAGAGAGGCAGCUGAUGUCAGGUGCGGCUGGAGGUGGGGCUGGGUCUAAUUCUGGGUCUACAUCCAGUGCCAAGAAGCCUAGGCUCAUUGGCGCCUCCCAAACGACAACGUCUCAUACUUCCACUUCGAACACCACCCCCCCUAGAAGCUAUGAUACUAGCUCUAGUCACCAAGAUGCUGGUUUCAAGGAGUCAUUGCCGAGCCAAGUACGUGCUCCGGCGGUGUUCAAGUGCGUUCGGGUGACUGCGGUGGAAGACGGUGACGAUGAGUAUGCAUAUCAGGCAGUUGUGAAAAUUGGUGGCCACGUGUUCAAAGGGUUCUUAUAUGAUCAAGGGGUUGAAAGUAGAGAAGGGUUUCCCAACAUCUCCGAAUUGCAUUUGGGGGGUGGUGGCGGCACUAGUGGUGGUGGCAAUGGUGGACGAAACGGGGCUUCUUCCCCGAUUCUCGACACGUCGGACGUUUAUGGGGCGUCUAGUGGAGGAUUGCUGGGAGGUUCAAACUUUGGUAAUCCAAUAAAUUGAUGGUAUAUUCUUCCUAGUUCUGUGGUGUUAAUUAGGUACUGCAUCCGUUAAUGAACAACCUAGCUUGGAAGGAUUAACAUUGUACUUGUCUAAUUUUUCUUCUGCUUGGUCCUACUAAUCAUUAAUAUUAAUCUAUUGUAUUAAUAUUACUGAAACAAGUAUUUUAUUAA